GGAAGGACAACUGGUUCAACACUUACAUACAGUAGCUAUGCAUUGAGUUUGUCCUUCAACCAGGAAAUAUUAGGCCAGAAAACAAAACUACAUCAAGCUGACCUGUGUGUUGUAUUACUGAAUAACCUGGAUGCCGCUGCUUCUGUUUUAGUUGUCAUGUUUGUCAUGACAACAAGUUGAAAGGAUCGCUACAACGGAAUCACUGGCACCCAGGCAAGUGUUUACAAUCAACUGGAACCGUGAGCUCAAGGUUUGACUAGCCAACUGAGCACGUUAUGUUGUUACCUGGAAUUUGGAUACAGUAUUAUGUAAUAUAGGAGACCGCCACAGAAAUAGACUCCGUGUCUCAUUGUACAGUAGUACAGAACCGUACAGAGAAGGUUAAAAAAUGUCAUGACAGGUUUGCAUAUUUUGAUAGCGAUUCAAACCUUCGGUAAACUAAACGGCGUAGAGUUAAGAGACGGAAGAGCAGCUACUGCUGUGGAUACAUUCUCUUCAUUGUAAAAUCUAAAUAGCUCUGCAGAUGUGAUGGAAACAUUGCAUAUCCUGGUCUGGCGUAUUUGUCUGAUCCUGGCCCUCUUGCUGCACCUCCACCAGUGCCUGUCAGUGCAUUUCCAGAAUAAGGGUAUCCUUUAUGUGGCUCUGGGGAGAGACCUGGUCCUGCAGGCCCAGUUCCAGAUUACACCAACAGAGAAGAUCGUCAUGGUGAUUUGGGACUACGAGACUGAGAAGGGUCAGGGACAGGUCAGGCUGGCCAAUCACCAAGCUGCACCUGGCAAUCCAACAGACCAGAAGGGUGCCUUAUUUAGGGUGGAGAAUAUAAGUUCAUCUAACUAUGGAGUCUACAUCAUCACUGUGACUGACCAGAUGGGGAACGAGCAAUCAGCAAAUAUACUUGUUAGAGAGAGUGUUGCUGCUCCUGUGGCGUCUCUGUCCCUCCAGUGUGAGGUGGCCAAUGACAGGGCACAGUGGGACAGCCCAGUGGUUUUCUGGUUGGUGGAUGGGGUAGAGGUCUCCAAUCAGACAGCCAAUCUCUCUGCAGAUGGCAGGAACCUCUACGUCUCUGGAAUGAAGGGCCACAACUACACCUGUGUGGUCAACAGCAGUCUGGGGACUAGUGUUACAAACUACAUCACUGAUUCUCCUACACCAUCCCAAAGCAACCAAUCCUGUGAGAUUUGGUGUGUUGUAAUAUUGGCCACUGUCAUCAUCAUCAUCAUCAUCAUAGUGAUUCUAAAAAAAUGUGGAUGUCUCUCCUGGAGAUGCAAACAGCGGAGGACGAAUGGGAUUAUAUGACCUUAGGAGGUCCCUCGUGUUCCAUUGUCCGUCUUAUGACACUUUGUUAUACACUGCACAAUCACACAAGUCUUUGGCAUAGAUGGGCACCUGCGGAGAUGGUAUGAUAUGAGAAGUUUAAUGUAAUAUUCUAUUGCAGCAAGUCACUACCUGUCACGUUCCUGACCUGUUUUCUGUUAGUUUUUGUAUGUGUUAGUUGGUCAGGACGUGAGUUUGGGUAGGCAGUCUAUGUUUUGUGUUUCUAUGUUGGUUUAUGGGUACCUGAUAUGGCUCUCAAUUAGAGGCAGGUGGUUUUCAUUUCCUCUGAUUGAGAGCCAUAUUAAGGUAGGUGUUUUCACACUGUUUGUUUGUGGGUGGUUGUCUCCUGUGUCUGUGUUUGUCGUGCCACACGGGACUGUUUCGGUAUCGUUCGUUCGUUUUGUAUGUAGUCUGUUUCCUGUUCAUGCGUUCUUCAGGUUAUAUGUAAGUUCGUGUCCAGGUCUGUCUACAUCGUUUAUUUGUUUUGUAGUUUAUCAAGUGUAUUUCAUUUCGUCUUCGUCUUGUUUAAUAAAUCAUUAUGUCAUAUUCCAACGCUGCAUUUUGGUCGAAUACUUGCUCCUCCUCUUCGGAUGAAGAGAAAUCCGUUACACUACCAGACACCAAUGAUCAUUCCUAUUAAGAGCUGUGGCCCUAUUCCGCAUCAAUAAAAUAUAUUGAUAUGCCUUUUUAUCAAAUUAAAUUGUAUUGGUCACAUACACAUGUUUAGCAGAUGUUAUUGUGGGUAUAGUUAAAUGCUUGUUAUUGGUGUAUGUAUAUGCUGAUUUGUGGUAUUUAUUGAUGCAGUAUCAACACGUAUAUCUUUACUUAUUAUACCUUUGUAUCUUUUUGUUAAGUACUGUAUGCCAUCACAUCUACAACUUAAACUUAAACCUACUUUUGUGAUGGCUAUGUAUGAUAUAAAGCAAAUGGAAAAAAUGCGCACUUUGCUACACUUCCAUAGGAGACAGUGAAGAGACAAACUCAGCAAAAAAAAUAAACCUCUCACUGUCAACUGCGUUUAUUUUCAGCAAACUUAACAUGUGUAAAUAUUUGUAUGAACAUAACCAGAUUCAACAACUGAGAAAUAAACUGAACAAGUUCCACAGUCAUGUGACUAACAGAAAUUGAAUAAUGUGUCUCUGAA